GUUUGUUCAAGUCAUCUGUGCUGCUGGGGACCACUUGGCUUGUGACACUUGGCAAUGCUAAUUGCCUCUCUGGUUAAUUAGACUGCCUGCAAGGUGCAGAUUGUAGUGGGGAGAUUCCCUCCUGUGCUGUGAACUCCCGCUGCCAAUGGUCACCAUGACACUGGAUAGAGACGUCUGUUGGAUACAAUGACAGCGGACAAGGAGAAGAGAAGGGCGAUCAGCCGUGAGGCGGCCAGGAGGAGACGACGGGUGGAGUCUGACGUGUUCGGAGAUUUAUCUCGGCUCCUGCCACUCCAACCCGCCAUCCGAUCUAACCUGGACAAGCCCUCCGUCAUUCGCCUCACCCUCAGCUACAUACGCAUGCAGACACUGCUCAAAGGGAACACGGGUACAAAAGCCAGGACCAGUCACACAGUAAAAUAUGGACAAGUGUUGGAAGGUGGAGAGGAACGGCGAGUGGGUGCUGGGGGACCUAACGUUGAGGAGAAGGAGGCGCGGGAAGUUGAGGCCUUGGAGGAGACAAACAUGUACCUGAGGAUCCUGGAAGGAUUUCUGAUGGUCUUGUCCACUGAGGGAGACAUGAUCUACCUGUCUGACAAUGUCAGCAAAUACAUGGGCUUGACGCAGACUGAGUUGAUGGGACACAAUAUUUUUGAGUUUACUCACCCCUGUGACCAUGAAGAAAUCAGAAAUAACCUACGGCUAACGGCAGAGGAAGUUUGGUGGGGUGCAAAGAGAGACUUUGUCAUGAGGAUAAAAAGUGCUCUGACACACAGAGGAAGAAGCACCAACCUCAAAUCAGCUACGUGGAAGGUUCUUCACUGUCAGGGCCAAGCGAAGAUGUGUGUCAUCCCCUCUUCAGUUUCCUGCCUGCUGCUAACCUGCCAACCUCUGCCCCUCUCACACACACUCCUCAGCGCACACACUUUCACCAGCCAGCACAGCAUGGACAUGAGGUUCACGUACUGUGACCAGAGAGUGACUUUGCUUUUGGGCUACAGUCCUGAGGAGCUGCGGGGUCGUUCCAUCUAUGAUCUCUGUCACACACUGGACACAAACUGUUUGACCAAAAAUCAUGUGAACUUGUGUUUGAAGAGUCAGUCAGUUAGUGGUAAGUACAGGAUCCUGGUGAGAGGUGGAGGUUAUGUCUGGGUGGAGAGUCACAGUGCUGUCAUCCCCAGCGUCCGACCCUCCAAGUCCAGACCCGGCGCCCAUCAGCCGCUCUGCAUCCUCAGUGUUACGUAUGUCCUCAGGUGUGUGUGUGUGUCAUAUCAGUUAAAUGUGCUAAGAAAAUCUGGGUACAGAGAUUUGAAACUACCUUGAUAAAGUGAAUCCGUUGCAAUAAACAUUUUGUUGCCUUUAUUUUUAGCCUUGCUAGCAGCUCUAGGGUCUGUCUGUCUUUUUGUCCACCACUUUGGUCCAGACUGAAAUAUCUCAACAACUAUUUAAUGGAUUAAAAUUUGCAGCCAAGUCGUUGUCAGAAACUACAAGUUGGUGGCUGACUUGAACAGUUUAUGCCACUUGGCUUUUUCUACAUAUGGUUCAAAUGAUAUGACAUGAAUGUGGGAUUAGUAUUAAUUAGCAAAUGCUUGGAUGCAAACAUGCUAAACUAAGAUAGUUCUAGGUGCUAACGCAAAACACUGUAAACGAUAAUGUAACUUUGACAGUAAAUUUGACAGUUUUUACUGUUAUUGAGUAUCAAGUCCCGAAUUUUAUGCCAUACUGUGAUUUACAGCAACCAAUGCUUGUGUGGAUGUCAGAGUAUCAAGCUAGCAAUGUAGGGUUUGCUUUAGGGCUGCGACUAAAGGUUAUUUUUUCCAUUAAACUACUAUUUGUAUAGUGUAUAAAGUGUCAUAAAAUUGUGAAAAUGCCCAUCACGUUUUCCCAGAGCUAAGGUUAUGUCUUUGCUUAUUUUUUCCGCCCAAGGGUCCACAACCCAAUGAUUUUCACUUUUCAAUGAUAUAGAAGAAAGAAAAGCAGCAAAUCCUCACAUUUGAGGAGCUGGAACUAGAGAAUGGUCUGCCUUUUUUGCUUGCUGAAUUUUCAAUUAAUUUAACGAUCAAAUGAUUUUCAAAAUAGUUUGCCAUUAAUUUUCUGUAGAGCAACUACGCAAUCAUUGACUACUAGAACUAGAUUGCUUUGUUAAAUGGUUGAAAUGAUUGUAAAAUAUAUGAGUUACUAUAUUUAAAGAACUAAAACAUGCAAAACCGUCGGUAUCAUCCUUUAAAUAAACUCCCAUAAACUAGCUAUGUUGAAACUGUUUUGAGGCUUUAUAGUGGAAAUCCCAUAGAAAUAGCAGGUUUAGUGUAAUUCAGAGUAUUUUUAUUAAUAUAUUUUCUAAUGCUCCAUUCGUUUGUCUUACAGUGGAGUGGAGGAGCCGUCCCUGCAACUCUCUUUGGACCAAACUAUCAACAGAUUUUGAGCUGAAACUGGAUUAUGAAGAACAGUCUGCUGAAUCC